CAUUAAAAGCAUAUACACACAUACACAUAUACACAUACACAUAUACACAUACACAUAUACACAUACACAUAUACACAUACACACAUAUACAAGCAAUACAUUGAAAAAUAUCCAACGUUCUUUUGAUAAGAAUAUACUGGCUUUUACUUCUGUUUCUUCUUCCAUUUAAAGCCAUUUCGCAAAUUCUCUUUUGUCCGAUACGUUACGGUUAACUCUAUAAUAAAGAUUAUUGCCGCUACAACGGCACACCAAAACUGCAUGACCACAAAUUACAAUCAAUACUAAUUGCAACCAUCAACACAUCUAAGAGUACUAUUCUGCUUUUUGCUCUUGUUUUGAACGGAAUACCUAACCCUUUUUACAGUUGUGCGUGCGAAGUACCUUCAGACAACACCAAGGUCGCGCUUGCUUCUUUUGCUAUUUCAAUUGCGGCCUUGCGACUUGGUUCACUUGGACUGCUUGAUAUUCUCUCAUACAAUGGACACAAACUCUUCAAAGCGCCGCAAACUUCACCAGAGUACUUUGAGUGCUUUCCUCCCAGUGCAAGUUUCGAAGGGUGAAGGUGAAGAGGUUCAAACAAUGGCAAGUAAGUAUAAGAAUCUAUCCUCACUCAUACAUACUGCGCGCAAUGUAUUGAUGAAAAUAGGACAAAGUGGUUGGGUAUCUAACAAAAUCCCGGUGGAGAUUUUCAAUCUCAUCAUCAUCAACCUCCCUCGGUCUACUAUACAAAAUAUGCGACUAGUAAAUCGAGAGUUUGAAGCGAAGGUAUCCGAAUACCUCUUCAAAUAUGUAGUGGUCCCUUUUCGGCCGGAGAUCUAUGGCAUAAAUUCCGAGCCUUCCAACCCUCAGAGUUCUGUCAUGCUACAGGAUAAAGGCAUGCGUAUCUUUCAGGGCACGUAAUCAAUAGUUGUGUUUGAUGGAGUUACGAUCACUAAUAUUUCUUAGGUUUUGGUCGACACAUAAAACACUUCGCUAUGUGUAUGUUCAUCUCGCUCCAUUUACUCUUUUAUGUAAUGCUAAUAUUUCACUUAGCUUUCGAAGUUGAUAUUGCAAAGUUGGCCAAUCCUCCUGUAAAGCAUGACCAUGAUACGAUCACAACUUUCUGGGGUUCUUACAAAUGGCCAUUCCAAAAGUAUAAUAGAUAUGCACAGUUGGAAGGUCUUGAACAGAAAGCUGACGAGACUCGAACCAUGACGAAAGCCUUUCAAUUCAUUGUAGCAGCUGAAGAACUUGGUCUUUCCAUUGAUGGAGGAUUGGGAUGGUUAGCUGGACCAGACAUUAAUCAAAAAGUGGUUCAACGUGGUGAGAAAGCUGUGGUUUUUGGAUCAUCGAGGUUCGAGUCAGAACCUAAGGAAAAAUCAAGCGUACAACUUGCCCAACAAUAUCAAUCAUGCCGCACAGAACUUCCUACCGAAACACGUUCAAUCAUUCAACGAAUGCUGCGGGAAGUAGGUUAUCGCACCGAUCCAUCGGAUCAGUCUCCCGAUAGUGUUCAGUCCGACCAAGGUCAGGCGGAUGCGGGUGCGCAGGAACGACGAGGCCGUUUUGCACCCCCAAUUCCCUAUAACGAAUUUGAAGCAAACAUUGCUCGUAUGCUCGGAAACCAUUUUAGAAAUGGCAUUGCAGCAACUGAAAACGAUGAUGAAGAUGAUGAAAGAUUGAACGAUGGGGAUGAAAUUUCAUCUGAGGUUGCGGAAGAUGGAAGUCAGGGUGAAAACGUCAGACUUACCUUACCUAAUAUCAAUGAUGAGAUAGUGACCACCGUUUACAACGAUGUUAGGGAAGAUAACGGCGACACCAGCGACUCGACUCGUGAAAUUAGGCAAAAGCCCAAUCCUAACCCUCUCAAGCCAAACGAACUUACCAGCGCACAAAAGGAAAUGCUACUUGAACUCGAAUGGGCUCAACGAGCAUUCAUGCAAACAUUUACUAUUGCUGUCAUUGAUAGUCCAAUCACAUUUGUCGGUGUGAAGAAGCUUACCAUUGCACGCUUGCCCAACACACACUUGCCGAACCUCGUUCGUGACGAUUUCUGGAACAGCCUACCAAACUUGAAUGUGCUAUCGCUAGGUAUAAUUCCUGAUUGGCGUGAGCUUAUAAAACUCCCUACCAGUUGGGUUCAGGAUAACAGGCUACCUCCAUCUAGGGCCGUCACUGGUGUCUUUCAACUCCUUUUCAAGCAAAUAUCCCAUCGUCAGAAUAUUGAGUCCCUACACUUUGAAUGGAUAUGUGGUGGAGAGUAUGCUCCUGGACUCUUCUGCCGAAACCAGCAUGUACUUGCUGCUCCUGUAGUAGAGUCUAUUAACAUGGUUAGCAGAGUCGAGGAAAAGGAGGUCUUGUCUCUCCCUUUUAUCAAGUAUCUGUCAUUGAAGAAUUGUUGGUUCAGUCCUCACAUUUUUACUCGAUUCAUCAGAGAGCUCAAGCAAUGCAACCUUCAAAGUUUGACACUUGAUUCAGUUUCAUUGACUGCAUUUAUUCGCCCCGGGCUGCACCCGAUGCCUCAUGCAAAUAAUGCCAUGCACCAGCAAAAUGCUUUGGCACAAGCUAUGGCAGCAAAUAUGGGUAUUCAUAAUCACCUUAUUGCACCUCCUGCUUGGGCUCAACCCCCCGCACUUGGUCUUGCAGGCCCGCCAGCACUCCCGAUGCCAGUAGUUAUUACCAGUCCGAAUGCUCAACCGGCAUGGCUUAAUCAACCACGCAAUGGCUCCUGGGCUCAUGUUAUCGAUAUCUUGACUCCCGGGGAGACACUGGCAGAUUUGCGUUAUGCUCGGGGAUUUAGUGAGCAGCCUGAACCUAAGACUCAAAGUGGUCUCAAAGAGCUCAUUUUCAAGUCUUGUGGAUAUGUCCGACUUCCUCUCGACUUUAAUCAAUCUGUGUUCAAUGACGGUUUGAACCCCCGAGGAUCUACACCCACCGGAAUCACAAAGAGGAUAAAUGACUACGAAAGUAUGAUGAUGAAGUCCGGUGAUAGUCUGCUCGGUUCGAUCGCAAAUACGAUGAGUGAUCUCGAAGUGAAAACACUCAAGUACGCUUGGGACAUGACUCUUGGUUGGGACGCAUUCAAUCCUCAGCAAUUGGUCGAAGCAAAACAUGAUGGAAUCACACGUGCAGGCUUCGGAAGAUUCAAUGGUACCAUUCAAGCUGCACCUCCUGAAAUUGCUAUGACAGAUCUAUGAUGUCAUGUCUGACAUUAGUAAAAAUUGUAAAUAUCUUGUUGUAUACUAAUCAUGGCCUCAGAUUUUUGCAGAAUCUCUUUCUUUUGGGUGCGUCUGCAUGGGAUAAAGGUCUUCAUGAACGUUUCCGGCGGGAGCUUUUGGGCGGAUGUUCUCUUCCAUACACACACAUAUCUCUUAUUACUAUUUCAUUUUUUUUUUGUUUUGGGCAGCAUAACGGGAGCAUUAUGGCAUGGUAUCUACAGCAUAACGGAUGGGUUCAUCAUAUUGUUUCAUACUUGCAUUUCAGGUUGCACACUAGGGUAAACGACUGGUCUCACGACUCUCUCUACGACGAACGAUUAGGGUUUUGCUUUGGGCUGAAACACUUCAUGAGGAAUUUGAUACCACGGGCAUCACACGCAAUGUGGUGAGUGAAUGAAUGGGAUAAACGGAGUUAUGGUCGGGAAGAGCUUUUUUUAAACUUCAGACUUUGAACAUACUAUAGCUUCAACAUAGUUGUGCUCCACUGUUCAAGAAGAUUUGCGGAAGCAGUAUGGGACAGAUACAUCAAGGAUCAUUUAUUCUUUCGAGAUAGUGGGAAAGACGUACAAAGCUACCGCAGGGGAGAUGCGGUUAGCUAAUAUGAAGAACUAGGCAGGGAUUCCUCGUUUCUAAACCAGGAGAGCGUCAAGGAUGGAAAAGUCAUUAGAAGGAGAUCUCUUUCAGUAUUUAAGGAGUGAUGGGAUUUGACGAAGAUCUUGAUUAUUAAUUCGCGACUAAUAAUAAGUGUAUUCGAUGGGUGGUUUGGCGUGCUUUAGGAGAUCCGUCCCUGCAGGGAAUACUUUCAUUUCAAAGGCAAAUGUGGAGGCGCUGGAAUUUUUGAACUUGAAGUUCAACACAAUUAGAUCAACUGGAUACCUUGGUGACAGUUGAAUCACUCAGUAGCGAAUCUUCCACAGGUUUAUGGAGGAGUGAUCAGAGUUGGACUCAUUUCAACCAACAAAGGGGGUAAUAAAAAUUGUACGCGAUUGAUACAUUGAGGGACAACCUUGCAGGUGGUUAUGCUCGAUGUGCCACUUUCGCAGACAUUCAACUUUGCUCUCGCCAGCGGGAGUUCGUAUCGGCGGAGAAUUGAUGAAUCGUAGCCGUGCAUUCCACUCUUUCUUCCAUGACACGAUUUGGCCUUGAGGGCUUUUUCACGGUUUCUAUCCUUUGCCCUGCUUCUCUUCAUUUGUAGAAAUAGUGUAUAGUGUGAUAUAUA